GUCAGACCGCGUCAGUUCGGGAUUUUCAACUACACAUCAGCUCAAAUAACCUAUAUCUCGGAGGAAUCUGCUGACAUACGCGUCGGAUACACAAAUGCUCCUGGCGAGGGGUACAUCUAUCGACUGAAAGAAUACGAACGCCGGUUUGCUCCGAAGUACAUAUACUGGAUAGUCUUCUUUAUUCUUAUAGCUCCUACAACUCUGGGUUCAUUCCUUGCCUACUCGAAAAGCAAGACCAAAUAUGAGGAGCUUGCUAGGAAAAAAAUCUAG